CCAUUCUAACACCCCCCACAUUUGCUUCUAAAUCUUAAUAGAGUUGUAGCAGGUUUCAUUUUCCAGCUUUUUGUGUUUUUUAAAUCUUUCCUUUUUCAGAUCAUUUUUACUAUAUAAACACCCUUCAGUUUUCCAGUCCUGGAUCACUUGCUUCUUUCUAUUCUCAUUCCUUGAUCAUAAUUUUAUAAAAUCUUUGUAAGCAUGUAACUUUGUUUCUUCAAGAUUUUCUUCAUUGCCAUCCAAAAAAACAAAAAAAAAAUAAUUUAGUUUUUUAUAUAUAAUAUAUGACCAAAAACUGUUCUAUUCAAUUCGUCUAGUUCAGUUGUUUAGCCUGGCUCUCUACAAAAUUUCUCUUCCUUAAUUCAACAUUUAUAAAAAUCUACCCAGUAUGUAACUUUAGCCCAUCCAUCCAUCCAUCCAUCCAUUUCUUCUUGUUUUUCGACAAAAAACAUAAAAAAAAAAAAAAAAAACCAAAAAAAAGAAACAGAGAUCUAGUAUCAAUCUGGAUCGAAUUCAGCUGAUUGUGUAGAAAUAUCUUUAUAAAAAUCUGCAAAUUAUGUAAGGUAUUUCUCAUUAAAUCAUUUGAUCCUAUCUCUCUCUUAAAAAAAAAAAAAAAAGAUUUAAUUAGUCUAGUUUCUAGCUAAAUAGUGACGUUUGUUGGAAAUGGAAAAUGGGGAAGGGCCAACGCCGCCGGUGUCAGCACCGGCGACACCAGGGACCCCUGGAGCUCCCUUGUUCACUUCACUGAGAGUGGACUCGAUGUCAUAUGACCGAAAGUCAAUGCCUCGUUGCAAGUGUUUGCCGAUUAAUGCACCAUCAUCAUGGGGUAUAGGUGCAUCUCACUCGUGCUUCACUGAUUUCCCUUCACCAGAUAUCUCUCUCACCCGGAAGUUGGGAGCAGAAUUUGUGGGAACAUUUAUAUUGAUAUUCGCAGCAACAGCUGGACCAAUAGUGAACCAAAAAUAUGCAGGAUCAGAGACACUAUUAGGGAAUGCAGCAUGUGCAGGGCUGGCGGUGAUGAUAAUAAUACUGUCAACGGGUCAUAUCUCAGGAGCCCAUUUGAACCCAUCCCUAACCAUUGCAUUCGCGGCACUGCGUCAUUUUCCGUGGGCACAGGUCCCUGCCUACAUCUUAGCACAAGUAUCAGCCUCAAUCUGUGCUUCUUUUGCUCUCAAAGGUGUCUUCCAUCCCUUUAUGUCCGGAGGUGUCACAGUUCCUUCUGUUAGCACUGGCCAAGCUUUUGCUCUUGAGUUCCUCAUUACCUUUAAUCUCCUCUUUGUCGUCACAGCCGUUGCCACUGAUACUCGUGCUGUAGGAGAACUGGCUGGUAUAGCAGUUGGAGCUACUGUUAUGCUCAACAUACUUGUUGCUGGGCCAUCAAGUGGUGCUUCAAUGAAUCCAGUCCGUACAUUAGGUCCAGCAGUUGCAGCAGGGAACUACACAGUGAUAUGGAUAUACCUACUGGCACCCACACUCGGGGCCCUUGCAGGAGCAGGAGUCUACACAUUGGUCAAACUUCAAGGAGUUGAAGGUGAACAACCAGUGAGAAGCUUCCGUCGUUAAAUGUUGCUAUGUUGUUGGCAGCCAGAGUACGUACAAGAUACAUAAUACUGCUAUCUAAGUUUGGUUUGUUGUGUGUUGCUAAUAAACGGGAUGUGAUAUGAUGCCCCGUAAAACUGGUGUGCAAUUGCCUGAAAGUAUACCUUACUCCAGGCAAAAGUGUGUAAUGUUGUUUACCUUUCAUAGUGUACUACAAUAACGCUUGUAUAUUGUGUAUUUGUCUGUUUAAAGAUGUGAUAUAUUAAUAUUGUA